AUUGGAACACAAAAUAUAGAUUUUGUCGUCUUAUUUUGAGUGAUUUUUGCUGUUAAGUAGUUGGAGAAAAUAAAAAAUUGUUUACUGGUAAUUUUCAUGAGUUGGAAUGUGUGAAAUAAAGGGCUUGAGGUGGUUAAAUGUUGUGGUCGGAAUGUGAAUAUUGUGAUGGUGAGGAAGCAUUAGUGUGAGGCAGAGCUCACAUGACCUUCCCACUGGUCUCGUGACCAAACAAACCCUCGCCCGCCACCCGCAAACUCUACUCCUCCAUGGACAUGAUAGACACAGCCCUCGACACCAGUGGGGACAAAGAUUGUGAUUGUGAAGACGAGAAGGUUGUUCUUGCUCAGCGGCUGGCAAUAGAUGACAGUACUGAAAGGGACAGUUCUCCUCAUAUUCUUGGUUCUGGCUUUGCUCUUCGUCCUGAGUCUGAACACACAGGUACACUGGCUUACAGAGUGGUACAAUUUGCCCCAGACGGGGCUGUUGAUGGUUUACCUCAGGGUGGAGUGCAGACGUCUGUUCCCAGCCUGUUGGCAGGUUCACAAGCAAACGGCUCACCCAGUGAUUCUCCAGAAACACGGUUGGCGCUCAUUACUUCUACUGACGUGCCCACUGAUGGUGGCAGUGCUGUUGUUGUAUCAGGAGGUCAGCUUUAUGUAAUCAGUGACGUUCUUACCAACACUACCCCAAGAAAUCUGGCUCCACGAACCAGUGAGAGUGUCAUGAGCCCCAGGUUAGGAGGCUCCACACGAGAGGAGAAACGUAGAGUCACACACAAUGAAGUAGAGCGCAGAAGACGAGAUAAAAUAAACACCUGGAUAUGUCGUUUAGCCAAGAUUAUUCCAGAUUGUCCAGAGGCUCAUUCUAAGAGCUCACAGAGUAAAGGUGGCAUCCUGGCUAAAGCCUGUGACUACAUCUCCGAACUAAGAGUCCACAAUGAACAGCUGACAGAGAGAAUAAAGGAAACACAUCGACGAGAGAUGGAUUUUGAACUGCUGAAGCAAGAGGUAGAGGUGCUGAAAAAUGAAAAUGCAGCUUUAAAAAAUGAAAAUGCCAUAGUGCGUGCUCAGCUACAACAGCAAGGACUCCUCGGGGAUUUACCACCAUAAUUGGUGGUGAUUGUGGCAUGUUGCUGAACUUCAUGGCCAUAAUCUCAUUUGUUGGUUGAUAAGCUGAAAUCAAGUGAGGUUUGUUUGUAAAUUGUGAUAUUCUGAUAGUUAUGAAAGAGUUUUAGUUAGGUGUAUAUGCAUAUGUUGAAUCAUUGUAGGUAUAAAAGGGUUUGGAAAGGAAAAAAAUAUCAUUAACAUUGGAGCAAUUUUGAAUCUAACAUUUUUUAAAUGAUUAUUUUAUAUUAAAAUGACCUUAUAGAUUAUAUUUCUUAAAUUUUCAGGUACUGUAGGUAUGUAUUAGAUAAUUUCUUUUGGAAUGUAUGAAAGGGCUAAGCUCCAAGUAUUUAUAAAUAAAUAAUGUCUUGAAUUAAUACAACUUGUAGUACUGUAUAUAUCACACAUGUAUGGGGGAGGAUGGUGAAUGUAUGUAUGUAGAGGCAAUGGGAGCAGUCACUUCAUAAGUAAACUAUUUUAACAGAUGCCAUUAUAUAACCAUGCACAAAUAACAUACAAGUAUAGAGAUACACAGCACAAACAUGUGAGGUGGGGGUAGUACACGGUACUGGAGCUGGAUGCUAACUUUGCUGUAUGCCAUGGAGGUAAGCUCAUACUGAUGCAUGUGUGGCCAUAGCCAUUGGAGUGUGUUGAGCUGAUGCUGAACAUGUUGUUUAUGCUGUUGAGUUCUUUAUAUAUAUAUAUAUAUAUAAUAUAUAUAUAUAUAUAUAUUUUUUUUUAUUUUUUUUCAACAAGUCUGCCGUCUCCCACCGAGGCAGGGUGACCCAAAAAAGAAAGAAAAUCCCCAAAAAGAAAAUACUUUCAUUAUCAUUCAACACUUUCACCACACUCACACAUUAUCACUGCUUUUGCAGAGGUGCUCAGAAUACAACAGUUUAGAAGCAUAUACGUAUAAAGAUACACAACAUACCCCUCCAAACUGCCAAUAUCCCAAACCCCUCCUUUAAAGUGCAGGCAUUGUACUUCCCAUUUCCAGGACUCAAGUCCGGUUAUAUAAAAUAACCGGUUUCCCUGAAUCCCUUCACUAAAUAUUACCCUGCUCACACUCCAACAGCUCGUCAGGCCCCAAAUACCAUUUGUCUCCAUUCACUCCUAUCUAACACACUCACGCACGCUUGCUGGAAGUCCAAACCCCUUGCCCACAACACCACCUUUACCCCCUCCCUCCAACCUUUUUGAGGAUGACACCAACCCUGCCUUCCUUCCCCUACAGAUUUAUACUCUCUCCAUGUCAUUCUACUUUGAUCCAUUCUCUCUAAAUGACCAAACCACUUCAACAAACCCUCUUCAGCCCUCUGACUAAUACUUUUAUUAACUCCACACCUUCUCCUAAUUUCCACACUCAGAAUUUUCUGCAUAAUAUUUACACCAUACAUUGCCCUUAGACAGGACAUCUCCACUGCCUCCAACCACCUCCUCGCUGCAGCAUUUACAACCUAAGCUUCACACCCAUACAAGAGUGUUGGUACUACUAUACUUUCAUAUAUUCCCUUCUUUGCCUCCAUAGAUAACAUUUUUUGCCUCCACAUGUACGUCAAUGCACCACUCAUCUUUUUUCCCUCAUCAGUUCUAUGAUUAACCUCAGCCUUCAUAAAUCCAUCCACUGACACGAUUUGACAGUUUUCUUCUUAUUCUUUUUAGUAAUUAUUACAGGAAAAGGGGUUACUAGCCCAUUGUUCCCAGCAUUUUAGUUGACUUUUACAAUACGCAUGGCUUACGGAGGAAAGAUUCUUAUUCCACUUCCCCAUGGAUAUAAAAGGAAAAGUAAUUAGAACAAGAACUAAGAUAAAAGCAAAGAAAACUCAGAUAAGUGUGUAUAAAUAAACUUGUAGUGUGGCUUAAGUGUAAGUAGAAGUAGCAAGACGUGCCUGUAAUCUUGCAUAUUUAUGAGACAGACAAAAGACACUAGCAAUCCUACCAUCAUGUAAAACAAUUACAGGCUUUCAUUUUGCACUCGCUUGGCAGAACGGUAGUACCUCCCUGGGUGGUUGCUGUCCAACAAGUUGGCCAUCUCCCCAGAAAAGAAAAUACUUUUGUCAUCAUUCAACAUUUUCACCUCACUCACACAUAAUCACUGUUUUUGCAGAGGUGCCCAUAAUACAACAGUUUAGAAGUAUAUACAUAUAAAAAUACAUUUGGGGUGCUUUUGUAUAGACAGUUGGGUUGGAAGUAGUAGUUUCUGAGAGUUCAGAUGAUUGGUAGGAAAAAUUCAGUACCUCUCUGUAUUUUCAGCAAGCCAUUCAGAAAUCAUAGAAUGUCUUUGAAAUUAGAGAUAAAAGCCAGCUUUCUAAAUUAACCAUCCUCAAAAAUUCACUAUGGACUAGGUUCCUAGUGAGUGACCUGUUGCAGAUAAUGUUGAGCUUCCUGACUAGAGCUGCAGUUGAAUGUGUUAAGGAAGACUUUCUUUAAUAAGUGAGGAAUGAUAAUUUGGAAAUACUGUCUUGGUGUCAAAGAUAAUAUUGAGUCACAUUGAUUGAAAAGUUGGUGUUAAUGAAACUUUUUGAGAUGGCAUCAGUUAACUCUUUCGGUGUCAGUCCCGCUGUAUCACGGCUUUGAAGCCAGUGUUGGUCCUGUAGUAUGACACCAUGAGCUCAGCUCACUCAGAUAAUGUGAGCUGUAAAUUUGGGCCAAGAUAUGAGAGAAUGGGUCUGUGCAGUAAGUGUGCACCAUAUAAAAAUCCUGCAGCACACAGUGCAUAAUGAGAAAAAAACUAUGACUGUGUUUUGGCUUAGAUCUGUGACUUUGCAGUGUAUUUUCAUAUUUUUUCAGUUAUAUGCUUGGUUUCUUGGUCUCAUGUGAUAGAAUGGAAGAUAUAUUACAGAAAUGGAGAGAUUUUGAUUAGUUUCAGGAUUGAAAGUUACUUGAAAUUGAGCUUGAAGUAUCGGAAAUGUUCAGUUUUGUUGAUAUUCCAGAGUACACAUGUCCAAUAUGCCUCCAACUGACCAGUCUAAUACUCAUUUAGGAAUCCACUAACAUUAUUUAUAGUUACUAAAAAUUCAAAAUGAAGAGAGGCAUGGAGAUGUGACGAAGGAACAGAACAAAUGUUUUAUUUAGUCCAAGACUGUCUAUAUUGUUUAUUCUGGACCCCAUUUUCAAAUUGGAAAUUGUUGCAUUUUGUGUGAAAUUGGCCUAAUUACCAAUUUUUGAUCACUUAUUAGAUAGUUGAAAAAGAUAAAUGGGCGAUUUCUUGUACUCACUCGAUAGAAUAGAAGGAAUAGAAGUGAAAUAGCCUAUUAAUUUAGUGGACUGGGAAAAUGGAAUUCACCAAAAAUAGUGCUUAAAUAUCACCGAGACCGCUAUCUUUGCGAGAGCAUAAUUUUGUAAGAUUUCCAUCAAAAAUUUUAUACUUUUGGUUUCAUUACCUUUGGAUAAAGAUUCUCUUAUCAUUUCAUAACAUAAAAUGAUUUUUUUUUUUUUUAAUUCUUCGACCCUUAGAGCAAGUUUGAGAGCAGGGGUCUCGACACUGAAGGGUUAAAUACCCUAGCUGAAUUAAUGUAUAUGACAAUGGUUGAGAAACUGGCCGAAGCUGACUUGACCAAGUAGGGAGGGAUAGGGUAAUGGCAUGACCUCUGCUAAAUAUGCAAAAUCAGCCUGGAUAAUUCUGGUCAUGGAACUAAGAGUGGCAUAGCCACAUAACCCAAGCUGAUGUAGGUUGCCAUACAUGUUAUGAGAGAACUUUAGAAGAAACAAUAACAUAAUGGUAAGUUAGAAUGGUACCUCCAUUGGUUAAUGUUUUUCAAAGGUUUAUAUUGUUGUAACUUGUUGUCUUUUAUAACUUGUAGAAUGUAAUUCUAUGUUUUUAAGUGUAUUUUGGUAUCCAAAAUAAAUAAAAUAUAGGAUUUUUUUGUGUGUGUAUUAAUAUUACAAUGCAGCUUUGGCUGUUCUGAAAUUAAAUUACCUGGUAUAAAAAACUGGUUUAAUAUUAUUCAGUCAUGAUGUUUGUGGGUAGGUCUUAAGGUACCAGUCAGAGUCCUUACCAUUAUGUUUAUAUAUGCUGAUAGUUGUCUGUGGCCUAUCACAAACUAUCAUAGCAUAGUUAUCAUGUUGUAGUUUAUUGGCAAGUUUAAGCAAAAAAUGAGAUUGUUGCAAUAUACUGUUAUGAUAUGCUCACUUUUAUAGUCAGGAGUUGGAGGUUACUACAGGAAGAUAUAAGGGUUUUUGUUGAACAAGCCAUCAUACAAGAACAAAUACGUAUAUAUUAGGGUGGUCCCAUAUUUUUAUGGGAAACAAUUAAAAUUGCCUGAACCAAGCUGGCAUGUGGUGAACUGUACCACUUAACGUACAGUAUCCUAGAAGCAGAUUUGAAGUGUUUCAAAAUUCUAGCAAAACAGCCAAUUUCCUUUCAAAACUAAAGAAGAAAAUUC